UAUUUGUCCCUGGAUUUUGGCACUUUUAUUACUGGCCCUGGGGCGCUGCGGGGGCGCUGCCAUGUCUUCAGCUCGGGCAGAAGUUUAUACUGCAGACACACUUUCCUCACCAGCAUUCCAGUCGCAGUGCAGACCUCUUGUUGUAGAGCUGCAAGGGCUUUGGCUCAUGAACUUGAGAAGCAGGAGCUAUAAGCUGAUGUAGCUUUAGCUACAUGCAAUAAGUGUAUUCCACCAGUCAUGCUCAACCGCAGGCGCAGCAGUUCUUAUGGGAGCUCUGACUUCCUCGCUGCCAUGGCAGCUGAAAGCGGUGGCAAAAUCCCGGCGCCGGGUUAUAGCCUAUGGGACCGGAGCAUGCGCUUACGCCUUGAGGGCGCUCUCUGCGUGUUUCUCUGCUUGGCACUGGCCGGUGGCUUAUGGAGCAUCAUGACCUUCUCUUAUGGGCAGGACGGCAUUCUGUCUGGGUUCCAUACUGGAGGGGCGCCCUUUGAGGUUGGCGGGGACAAUGCAUUCUUCAGGCGCUUUGCAAAGGCCUCAGAACCGGAAGAAGAUUCACAUACACAAGCCGAAGACACCUGGUUUGAAGAUAUCAAGUUCAUAAGCGAGCGGACGGGGCCAAAGGCUAUAAUCAAAGCGGCGGCUGCCACUGCAGUAGAUUCGAAAACCAACGUGUCGCUGAUCAGUGCCUUUCUAGACAAGGGAGUGGUCAACCCAGACUCAAGGGUUAGCCGAAUCAUAGUUAACGCGGCUGUGCAAUCAGGACAGCGGUAUCCCCAGAAUUGGGAGUGUCUCAUCUGCCGAUCAGGGCCGCUUGAGAAGGACGGUCGAUGGGGCCCUGACUUCAUCUGGGGGAGCGUGGCGCCCCUACUAAAACCUGGGGUACUUGACCCCCCUCGCCGGAAGGUGUUCCAAGACAGAGACGGAUUUGGCAUUGAGGAGGGGGAUUUAGAUGAGGAAGACGAGGACGCCUCACCUCAGCAAAUGGGGGGGCAAGCUGGUGGAGGGGGAGGGGAAUUUGUGCUGAAUUGCUGGAAGAGCAAGGGCGUCGAAAUGCACGUGGAUUGGGGGGAUAUGAGCGGGAAGCCGUCGCUUGCGAUGCAGUGGCACUGUUUGCUGGCGGAAGGUGACGACGGGUUUGAUCUUCAGUUGGCGGCGGUUGUGCGCCCGGGCGAUAAGGAGAGCAUCGAGCGGGUGCUCUUUCCUGAGGGGAGAAGAGACCUGCGGCGCUUUGUGGCUGUCGACCAGGCGCAGGGACGGGUGGUUCCGAGGGUUGCGAAUAUUGUGAGGCGAGCGCUUUUGAGUGAGGGGGGGAAAGAGAGUGAGGGAUUCUUGAAGGGGGAAGUGUUGAACGAGGCAGUGUCGGAAGGGGUUGCGAAAGUGGCGAAGUCUCGCGGACGGAGUCUGCUGGAAAGUGGGAAGAACGCUGCUUCCUGGCAGAACUCCCAUUUGCAAAAUUGUUUUGGUGAGGAGCAGAGUCGCAAAAGGAAAGGGGCCCAUUUUGGGGGGGUGGAUGCAGAGGUUUUUUGGUGGGGGGACGGCGAAAAGAAGCGCCGAGCGCUGCUCCAGGCAGAGGAAAAGGUUUCGACGCGCUGGGUGCGAAAAUGGGAAGCAGAAGGGAGGCGCGCUAUCGCAAACAUCACCGUAUGCACAGGGCCGCUAUACGGCGACCACCACGAAAUGCUUGCGGAGUGGGUAGCGUUCAACCUCCUCAUGGGGGCGAACAAAGUGCGAGUUUACUACGUAGCAAAAGGGGUGUCACCAAAGGUGAUUCCGGUUUUGGAAUACUUCGCAAGGGGGGGUCAGCUGGAGUACUUCGAGUGGCACCCCCCUCAGGUAGCGGCUUUCAACAACGGGCAGAACAUGUUCUACCAUGACUGCUACUACCGGAGCGCUGCUGAUUCGGACUACGUCCUUUUCACCGACGUAGACGAGUUUCUGGCCCCGUCCCACGUAGUGUAUGACACGUGGCACGACGCCCUGGACCCGUACUUUAAGACGCCCAAAAUUGGAGCGCUCCAUUUCCAGAGCUGGUUUUACCACCUCCAGUGUCCGGUCCACGGCCCCUCCAUCCGCUCCGAACUGGUCACCGCCUCAGUCCCCGGGCGGCGCUCGGAGCCCGUACCCAAAUCCGAGCGCACCAAAUACAUGGUCCAAGUCGGCGCUGCGCGCUGGCUGGGCUUGCAUUCCCUCGACGAAGAUAGCGGUUUGAAUCCGGGUUUUUUGCGGAAGGACGUAAGCACGGGCUUAAUGCAUGUCCGGCAUUACUCCGAUGAUAUGCAUACGGAGGAUUGUUCUCCGACCACGAUCAAGAAGAGUAAAAAGGACCGGGGUAUGGACCAUAGCAUGCUGCGCUUUCAGGAUAAGCUAUAUGCCAGAGUGCGCGCAGCGCUCGCGUUUGCAGAUAGGAUGUUUGAGGCGGAUCAACGGACUUGAGUGUCGCGGCUCGGCAUCUGCGAGAACAAGAAAAUGUAUCAUUAUUACGAUAAGUGUCACCAAGAG